AUGCGGCGACUUCUGGGCAAGUUGGACGGUCUCUUCCGAUCCACGGCUCCAGGUCCGUUUCCUUACACAUCAGCCAUUCUGAGCACGAUAAAACGCAUACUCAACACAAUUGUCCUCAAGCAAAGCAUUUCACUUCAGGAAUAUUUCGAGCGGAUAGUAGUGGGCUAUUCGCAGCUGGCCGCAGAGACUCAGUCAGGGCCGCUAGGCAAUGAAGCAGUGUUAGGCAUGCUCGGUGCUGUUAUCAACAUCGUUGUUCGAAAUUGUCCCGAAGGCACAGUCCAACGCGUGGCAGACAACUUCUAUACACUAUUCCGGCAAACCUCAUUCAACACCAGUCACAUUCGCUUGUCGGCGUAUUUCUCCAGCCCCAGCGCCGCUAAGGUCAUUUUAUCGACCUGGAUGUUGGCGGCGCUCCCAAAAGCACUCGAUGCAGCCGUCCUGUUGAAGGGUAGUGUUGCUGACGGGAUUGAGGACUUGGUGCUAUUCGCCAGCCAGACGCCAAGUCAGACGAUCGAGCUGAAUUGCCUAAGACAGGUGGCUCUUUACAUCAAUAAACAUCUCUCAAAUAAGGAUCUUAUCCUCGCAAGCAACUUGCUCGACAAGACACUCCAGUCACUGUACAGCAACGACUCUAAUCCAGACUACGGACUACGCUUGAGCUUCUUUGUCACAAAGGCACUAGUCCUACGCCUUGCUCCACAAUCGAAUGCAUCCCUCGAAAGCCUGAUCAACCUCCUCAGCUCGCCAAAUACAUCAAUAGCUAGACAAGCCGCACUUCUCUUCCGCGCCAUUCUUGCUCCUGACGAUGUCCUAUCGAAGGAGAACUACGCUCAGAUACGUCUCCUCGCCCCACAGCGAGUAUUCCAGAGCCUCGUCCCACUGAUCUCCACGCGGUUUCGUUCGUCACAGUCGCCAGCCGAGAAAGAGAACUACCUCAUCGCCCUCAGCGGCAUCCUCGCCACUGUCCCUUCCGACAUCGUCAUGCCCGAGCUACCUACGCUCCUCCCACUCCUGCUUCAGUCGCUCGACAUAUCCGAUCAGAAUGUCAAGACCGCCACCCUCGAGACCUUGGCAGUGGUGAUCACCACCAAUCCGUCCGCUCUCGAGGAGUCAGGACAUGUUGCAGCUCUAACGAAGCGCUUACUCGCAACCGCCGCUCUCAAGAACAACACUGGCUCAUCAGCUCAGCAGCCCUCUCUUCCACGGACGCGCCGUCUUGCAACGCGCUGCAUCACACUGAUGUCCAAGUACCUCGCAGGGAGCACGGCACGGGCGAAUCCCUUGCUCAGUCUAAAAGGUGAGGUCCUGCGGGGCCUGCUGCCGGUGCUGGACGAUCCGAAGCGUGAUGUAAGGAAGGAGGCGGUAGAUGCGAGAGCGGCCUGGUUGAGGGGUGUGGACGAUGAGGGUGAUGAGGAUGAUGAUGAAUAG